UUUCAUCUCCCUCCAAUCCCCACUGCCUACAGACAAAAGAAAUCACAGCCAGGCUCAGGGUCCUCAUUGCACUGAGUCGCUUCUUGUUGCUGUGCCCUGGGAAAAAAUGGCUUUCUUCCUCCAUCCGAGUGCAGAAGAGUCGGGAAGCUAGGAAGAAAAGCACAGGGAGGGAGGGGACGUACAAGGGAGACAGAGGAGGGAAGAAAUAUCAAGGAAGGCAGAUGGGCAGAGGUGAUAGGCAGAUGUUACUUAGGAUGUGCCUCUGUGCUGUUAUUGUAGGUGCAGACAGGAGUUAAAGGUGGAGAUUUAUCAAACCUUCUAAAGAGGACAAGUGGUGGUGUUGCCCAUAGAAAGGGAGAAUAUUUUGGACAAGCGUGUGUACUGAGGGGGAUUUCUGCAGUGAAGGGUUACACAAGCUGUCAGGUAGGAGGGAUGCAUGUGUCUGUGUGUUUGUGCCUGCAGUGAAGGAUUAUAUAUGCCCUCUGUGGGAAUAUAGCAUGCGUUUGUGUACUUCAAAGGAAGGAUGAAUCACUAGAUGGGUUUGCAGUUGCACUUGCUGUCAGAAAGGGAAAUGGCAAGUGGUGUCUGUGUACACUGAGUGUCACCCGGAUGACUGCUGCCUGCCAGGUAGGAAGUGAAGUGCCUGCACAUCUGCAAAGUAGCAGUAAGAGUGGAUGAAGAGGCGUGCGUGCAUGGACUGUCUGUGCGUCUUUGUGCACACUUCUAACCUCUGCUGCUGCGUCAGUUGACCUUUGCGCCCAUUUGCAGUAGCCGGUGUUAGCGAAGUGUGCACUGCUUGUGAUACAUCUGUGUGGCCACAUACUAUUAAUUCUGUGUGUGUCUGCAGCUAGGAUCCACAGACAAGGGGAAGUGUUGGAAGACUAAAGAUGGCUCCUGCUUUGUGGGUACUGCUAGCCGGUUCCCUUCUCAUAUCCAGAAGUGGAGGAGAGGAGGAUUCUUCCAGGGAGCUUGAGUGUAAGAUGAAGAGCAUCACAGUCUCAGCUCUCCCCUUCCUCCGGGAGAACGACCUCAGCAUCAUGCACAGCCCGUCCGCCUCUGAGCCCAAGCUCCUGUUCUCCGUCCGGAAUGACUUCCCAGGGGAGAUCGCAGUAGCUGAUGACCUGGAGAACACUGAGCUGCCUUACUUUGUACUGGAAAUCGCAGGGAAUACGGAUGAUAUCCCACUGGUCCGCUGGAGACAGCAGUGGCUUGAAAAUGGAACUCUCCUGUUCCACAUUCACCACCAGGAUGGUUCGUCAAACUUGCCAGGACAGGAAGCCACGGAGGAACCUCAAGGUGAGGCCGCUGAAGAGGAACUGAGGAUACUGCACAUUUCUGUUAUGGGUGGAAUGAUUGCCCUCCUGUUGUGCAUCCUGUGCCUGCUCCUCAUCUUGUAUACAAGACGGCGUUGGUGCAAGAGGAGACGUGCACCACAGCCGCAGAAAAGCGCAAGUGCGGAAGCUGCCAAUGAGAUCCAUUACAUCCCAUCAGUGCUCAUUGGAGGCAGUCACGGGCGAGAGAGUCUCCGCAAUGCUCGCGGACAAUCCACCCACCCAGGAGGAACCCUCGGCAUCCGCGAAACCCCUAUCCUUGAUGGUUACGAGUAUGAUGUCACUGAGCUACGUCACCACCUACAGCGGGAAUGCAUGAAUGGUGGGGAAGACUUUGGCAGCCAGGUGUCCCGUACUCUGGACUCCCUUCAGGGAUGCAAUGAUAAGAACACCAUGGACCUCACUCCUGUAUUUGCUCUGAAUUCCGCAUCCACGGGUGGAGACAAUGCCAAGAUGUCUUUGAUGAGCAAGUAUAAGGAAAGCAUGAUAUCCAAUAACCCAAUGGACCACAACAACCAGCCCACAACCCUACUGUCGCACGGUGCUAGCAGCCAGCAUAAACGAAUCAACAGCAAGUCGCGAGCCGGCUCGGCCUUCCUCAACCCUGAAGCAGAUUGCGGUGGGGAAAUGGAUAGCGAAACUCAACUAACCUUCUAUACCGAUCCUUCACGCAGCCGGAGACGCAGUCGAGUAGGCUCACCGCGGAGUCCUGUCAACAAGAUGACUCUGACACUCCUCAGUAUAACCAGCUGUGUCAUUGGUUUGGUGUGUUCAUCCCAUAUCAGCUGCCCCUUGGUUGUGAGGAUUACUCUUCAUGUGCCGGAACAUCUCAUUGCCGAUGGAAGCCGGUUUAUCCUGCUGGAGGGCAGUCAGUUAGAUGCCAGCGAUUGGCUGAAUCCUGCCCAGGUGGUCCUCUUCUCACAGAUGAACUCUAGUGGUCCCUGGGCACUGGAUCUUUGUGCAAAGAGGAUUCUGGAUCCUUGUGAGCAUUUAUGUGACCCGGAUACAGGGGAGUGUUUAUGCCAUGAGGGUUACAUGAGGGAUCCAGUGCACAAACACCUGUGUAUACGUAACGAGUGGGGAACCAACCAGGGCCCAUGGCCUUAUACCAUGUUCCAGAGGGGAUUUGACCUGGUCCUGGGGGAGCAGCCAGCCGACAAAAUAUUCAGAUUCACUUACACUCUGGGAGAGGGGAUGUGGCUGCCUCUCAGUAAGAGCUUUGUCAUCCCCCCAGCUGAACUGGCCAUAAAUCCAUCAGCCAAGUGUAAAACAGACAUGACUGUCAUGGAGGAUGCCGUGGAGGUCAGAGAGGAGCUGAUGACCUCCUCCUCGUUUGAUAACCUUGAGAUUCUGCUGGACUCUUUUGGUCCUGUCCGGGAUUGCUCCAAAGGGAACGGAGGAUGCAGCAAAAACUUCCGCUGUGUUUCCGACCGCAAGCUGGACUCCAGUGGCUGCGUGUGCCCUCUAGGACUCAGUCCCAUGAAAGACCUAUCGGGCUGCUAUAAUCGCCAGAUGGGAGUUGACUGUUCGGAUGGCUUUAAUGGCGGCUGUGAACAAUUAUGCCUUCAAAAGGAUGUUCCCUUCCCUGAUGACCCAGAGAUGUACAACAUCCUAAUGCUUUGCGGCUGUAUCGAGGACUAUAAACUAGGCCCAGAUGGCUUGUCAUGUCACCUGGUCUCCGAGUCCUGCCCUGGAGGAGCACACUGCGGGGACAUUCCUGAGGUGCCCAUGAACCAGACACUCUUCGGAGAGCUCUUUUAUGGCUACAAUAAUCAGACCGGGGAAAUUGCACCAGGGCAGCUGCUGAAGGGUUCAUUUAGACAGAAUAACUUUGCGCGUGGUCUGGAGCACCAGCUACCAGAUGGUCUACUCGUAGCGACUAUACCAUCAGAAACUCAAUGUCACGAAGAGAUAUCUGAACCUGUUCCCGACCCUGAUUUUCUCACAGGCAUGGUCAAUUUCAGUGAGGUGACUGGUUAUCCUUUAAUCCAGCACUGGGUUGUGCGAUCUGUUAUGUAUCACGUCCGACUCAACCAACCCACGGUCUCCCAAGCCUUUACUCAUGCUCUUCAUGCCCUUGACGGAGCUAUGUCACGCCUGGAAUUUGUACCAUUGUUAAAGCAGUAUGGAAACCAUUAUAUUCAGGAGGCAGUCUAUGGGUUUGAGGAGACUUGCUCCAUCUGGUACCCCAACCGGCAGGUUCAGAGACAACUGUGGAUUGAAUUUGAAGACAUAAGUAAAGGAAAUACCCCAUCAGAUGAGUCGGAGGAGCGGGAGAGAGAACCGAAAGUGCUGACAUUUCCAGAAUACAUCACCAGUCUCCUGGACACUGGCACCAGGCAGCUGGUGCAAGGUUUGCGCAUGGAGUGCCAGAGCCGCGGCAGAUGCUCCUCUUACUGUCAGCUGUGUCAUGUCACCUCAAGCCCUGAUGCACCCCCUGAGCCUGUACUUCUAGAAGUGACAAAGACAGUCCCCAUAUAUGAGCUGGUCACUAACAACAAUGCCACCCAGCAGUUGCUGCAGGAAGCGGUGCUCAGCUCUCUCUGGUGCUCUGGCCGCGGGGACGUAAUUGAGGAUUGGUGUCGCUGCGACUCUACUGCUUUUGGUGUGGAUGGACUUCCAACCUGUGCCCCUCUACCUCAGCCUGUGCUUCACCUAUCUAUGCUGCAGGAACCGAGUAGUUCUCUCCUGGUGUUGGAGUGGCUGCAUUCAGAAUCCCCCAUUGGUGCACGGAUAGUGGACUAUCUCAUUAGCCAGGAGAAGGUUGCCGAUAGAUUGGAUCAUUCCAAAAUGGAGACAGAGACAGUGCUGAGUUUUGUGGAAGAUAUCAUCUCAGGAGCAAAAGCCCCAUGUGUGAUGCCAGCUCAAGUCCCCGACAAACAUUCCUCGGUGAUAUCGAUUGUGGUGCGCUGCCUGGAAUCCGACACUUCCUACACGUUCACAUUAUGGGGAGUUGAUAACACAGGCAGACGCUCAGAGCCAAGUCACGUGACCGUACGCAUGCCCUGUCCAGAGGUGGAUGAUGUAAAGUCACAAGAGGUGGCUGAUAAAAUCUACAACCUUUUCAAUGGCUACACUAGUGGUAAGGAACAGCAGACGGCAUACAACACGCUGCUGGAACUGGGGUCUCCCAGCUUACACCGGGUACGAUUCCACUACAACCAGCACUUCCAAAGUUUUGGGGAGUUCACCUGGCGGUGUGAGGACGAGCUAGGGCCCAGGAAAGCUGGCUUAGUUUUGUCUCAGCUUGAUACCUUGAGUCCGAGGUGCAGCUAUCUGUUGGGAGAACCAAGAAUCAGCCUCCGUCGCACUUCUCUGCAUUACCUGGCUUGUCGAUACAGUGAACCCAAAGUCCACGCAAUGAACUGGACGGAUCUGAAUAGAGACCUGCGGAAGAACUGUGAGGAGCAGAUAUUGAUAGUUCUGAGCAAUGAUUAUGGAGACAGCAAGGACAACUAAAGGUCACUGGUGCCCAAUUCAGUACCAGGACUCAGGAACAGACUGUGUGUUAAAUACACGCAAACUGGCUGAGUUAUUGCACACACUGUACUGUUGUUGGAUUAGUCUAUUGAUCUUAGAACACAAAGUAAAUUUGACAAAUGAAUUGACUGGCACCUGCUAGCUUCUGGAAUCAUGGAUAAGGCAAGAGGAUCAGUCAAAAUAUAAUCUCCUACAUCAUGGUGCACUGUUCAUAAAACAAGUGUCAUACUGGAACCCUAACCUCCCCUACUAGAUCAGAUCUCAUUAAAUGUUCUACUGUAUUUUA